AUGGCAGAACCGCUUUCACCAACUCAAAAUUCUCACACAGUGUCAAACGAUGAGCCUGAAGUGAUCCCUAUUUCCAUUCCACCGAGCGAAGCCGCUAAGCUAGCUGAAGAUACAUCGCCGAGACAUGUAGAAUAUGCCCCUGUCUCUUCAAUCUUUGAGCAAGCAACUCAUAACUACCAAAACACGUCUGUGGCUUUUGAAAAGGAUCAUGAAUCAAGCCGCGCUCCGAGCAUGCCAGCUCGGUCAGCCGCUUCGGCUGGGCAGGCCUGGAACACUCUGACCAGUGCACCUAGUCGAAGCAGUCUGAAGCCCCUGACUUCUAGAACAGCUCGAGGGAGGAGAGCUUCUGUGAAUUUUCAAGAUUCCAAUGCGACCGGUCCCCGCCGCCUCUCUUACAGUAGCUUUAAUGACGAUCCGACUACUGAUAACAGUGAUGUUGUUAUGGGACAAGGUGCCACAACCCUCGAAACAGGAGCUCGUAUUCCACAUUCAAUUAAUUAUGGCGGAGAGGAAGAGAUUAAAUCCGACAUCAUCAUUGUCGAGUGGGACGGCGACGACCAAGAAUUAGGAACAACAUGGUCUUAUUUAACUCGUUGUUAUAUCACUUUGCUCGUCGGUGCACUUGCAAUUGCGUCUUCUAUGACAUCUUCACUUCCAUCAAUGCUCAUCGAGGGCAUCUCUGAACACUUUCAGGUAUCAGAAGAGGUUGUUAAAUUGUCCUCUUUUAUUUUCGUGGCUGGCUAUUGUCUCGGGCCGCUCAUAUGGGCACCUUACUCUGAACUGUUCGGUGUCCGAUGGCCUUUUAUCCUUUCCACUGCCGGAUCAACAAUUUUUAACAUGGCAUGUGCACUUUCACCUAACAUUGGUGGUCUAAUAAUUUUCCGAUUCCUGGCUGGUGCUUUUGGAUCAUGUCCUCUGGUAGUCGGAGGCGGUGCCAUGGCUAAUAUCUGGCCCAAAGAACUGUUAGGUCUUGGCAUGUGCCUGUUCUCUAUGUCACCAAUGGCAGGCCCAUCUUGCGGUCCACUCAUCGGUGGGUAUAUCGCUGUUGAAAAAGCCUCAUGGCGCUGGGGCUACUGGGCUUGUACGAUAUUGACUGGUUUUCUAACCUUGCUAUCAUUUCUCACUCUUCGGGAAACGAAUCCUGGAAUCAAUUUGAAGAAAAAAGCUAGACGACUCAGGAAAAAAACCGGUGAUGACCGAUACAAAGCACCUGUUGAGUUGCGUACUAUUGAGAUUCGAGAAAUUCUUACGCGUUGGAUUCUAUUACCUAUUCUUAUGUUUAUAUAUGAACCAAUGCUUCAGGCAAUGACUAUGUACAUGUCAUUUGUUUAUGGUGUUCUUUAUCUUUUCUUCGAGGCUUUCCCAAUUGUUUUCGGUGUAUACCAUGGAUUAAACGAACUACAGAUUGGUCUCACAUUUAUGGGUUUCUUCACAGGCUGCAUUAUGGGCGGCUCUUUUUACUCACUUGUUGAGAACAGACGCUACGUUACCUCAAUGAAGAAUCACCCGCAAGGGAUCCUCCCGCCUGAACAACGUUUAAUGGUUGCUCUGUACGGUGCACCUUUGCUCGUUAUUUCUUUGUUCUGGUUCGCUUGGACCUCUUAUAGUUCUGUCUCCAUCUGGUCAACAAUUGCAGCCAGCACAGUUUAUGGCAUUGCUAUGUUUUUUAUAUUUUUUGCGUUGAUGACAUAUAUAGCUGAUGCGUAUCGAGCGCAAACAGCAUGCGCUCUCUCUGCUAACACUAUUGUUCGGUCCGCGUUCGGGUUCGGUUUCCCGCUAUUUGCCACGCAAAUGUAUAACAGACUAAAUCCGCAAUGGGCCACGUGUUUGCUUGCUUUUAUUGCGGUACUCCUUUUUCCGAUUCCGUUCAUUCUGUUUCGCUACGGCCCAUGGCUUCGCUCCAAAGCCAAGUAUGCGUUCGGAGAAUGA